ACUCGGUAUCUGGAGGAAACUCAGUAGGCCGGGAAGAACCCAGCGUAAACCAACCGCCUCUGAUCCCUGAGCUCCACCCUCUGCUUCUCGAUGACGACACCCGUCGAGCGGAACUCGCUAAUCGAGUGAGAACCCUUUUAUGGGGGAAAGCUUAUGGGGAAGAAAUGCUCCACUCCAUUGUUGAUAUGCAAGUGCAGAUUGAAAACCAUAUUCAAGCUGCACUUAUGGACAGGGGCUGGUCGGUUGAGUCUCUUCUUGCGAAGAGGCACCAGAUUAGAGGGUUCAUCUUCUUUCCAACGGGCAAGGUGCUUAGUGAAAAGACUUACGCUUUGCACCUGAAGGAGAUUACCCAGUUGGGUACAGUACAAAGUCUUCCAUUUAGGCGGGUGGAAAGCGCCAUCAAAAACUUGGAUCUCCUUCUUGAAAGAAGGUAAAUGAUCCAAGUUUUUUUCUCCCAAUUUCCCACUCUUUCUGUGAGGCAAAACCUCACCACACUACACUACACUUCGACACAAGAGAAGAGGACCGGGCGCUUUGUAUCUUCGGGAUAGGAGUUGGCGGUCUUCUUUAAGAGAACUUCAAUCUAAUACUCAUUAUGGAUCAACUCAUGUUUCCACUCUAUUUUCAUUACGAGGAUGUAUCACGUCAGGAUCCGUUGCUCAAACCGAAUCACGCCAACGUUAUGGAAGUUCCUGGAUCGUGUAAAAUAAUAGUAGUACCAAAGACAGCACCUUCUAUCAAAAAUGGAAAAUUGGCUAUGGAGAUUCCGUGCGGUCAGAAAUUAAUACAGACGCAAAGGGCUUCAACAGGAAAGUCGUUUCGAUCCAAUCCAUUCUUGGGGUCAAAUAAAGACAAAAAAGGAUAUGUCAGUGACCUAGCACGACAAAGCACUCUCCGAGGGCAUGGAAUGUCACAUUUUUUGGUCAGAAUAUCCACAGUAAUGUCUCUGUUAGAUUCUCCGGUCGAAAUAAGGGAAAGGUCAAUUCAAUUCUCGAUGGAAACGGAAUUUUGCGAAUUCUCCCCCGAACUGGAAGAUCAUUUCGAGAUCUUCGAACAUAUUCGAGGGUUCAAUGUUACUAUUGUAACUUCGGCCAACACACAAGAUGAGACUUUACCACCGUGGAGCGGCUUUUUGCAAAAAGAUGAGGGGGAAACUCAGUAAGAUGUCGGAGAAGCGAAAUAUACGAGAUCACAAACGUAGAUUGCUCGCGGCUAGGCUAAAUAUAGUAAGGCGGAGAACUGUUGUUCAGUGGAGCGCCGGAGUGCGGAGGUUGUUCCCAUCAUUGAAGUCAGGGUGUGGGACUGAGCCUUCCGAAUGAGAAAGAAGAAAAGUGCAACGUUUCGUUGGAAAAACCAACGCAAAUAUCAU